AUGGGAAUAAACGAAGUAGUAGAUGAUCUGACAAAGAAGGAUGGUAAGACAUUAGUGUUUGUCCUUGGACAAGAUGCUCGAGAUAAGAUAGAGGCAGGACUUACAAGUUGUGAUAAUAAUCUAAGCACAAUUGAAAAGAGUCGGCAUGACAUAAAGGUUUUAUUUUUAAAUAAAUUACAAUAUUUAUUUAUGUUUUUAAUGAAAUUGGAAGCAGAAAAGACAUGCAUAUAUGAUAAUAUUGUACUUUAUGGAUUAGAUUCCUUAGUCCUCGAUAAAGAUAAUGUCGAGAUAAUAAGGCUAUUAAAUCUUAUUUUGAGCACACUUUAUAAAGUUUACCGUCUUCACAAUCUCAAUGAUAUCAUUACUGAAUGGUAUGAUAAUACGAAGGAUACUACGACGCUUGAUAGAAUGGUAGAUUAUUGGAAAUUCCUCUUAUGUUAG